GCCAAAGGAUCACAUCAGCGCGUUCAGGGACGUGCAGGAUAUUCAGGUGUAGAAUGGUGGUAUUCAGGGUAUUCCUGUGAAUGGGCUGAAUGGACUGAAGAUGAGGAUUCGCUGGUGGUCACCCACCCAACUACUAACUCACCGGCGUGUGGCUUGAGUACGGCUGAGCGGACGGGAAGCCCUAUUUUCCACACCCUAUGGUCUGAGGAUUCGCUGGUGGUCACCCACCCAACUACUAACUCACCGGCGUGUGGCUUAAGUACGGCUGAGCGGACGGGAAGCCCUGUUUUCCACACCCUAUGGUCGUAUGUGAUUGUAGUUGCAAGAGGAAGAAAUAUAAGGUGCAAUUGA